AUGGCUCCCGCUGCUGUCCAGAAAUUUCGCCCGGUGGUGAUCUCAGGCCCCUCAGGCACCGGUAAAUCGACGCUGCUUAAGCGCCUCUUCGCCGAGUAUCCUGAAAAGUUCGGGUUUUCAGUCUCGCGCGAGCAAGACGGACGCGAGUACAAUUUCACGACGAAGGAAGCUUUCCUGGACCUCGUUGCGCAGAACGGGUUCAUUGAAAACGCGCAGUUCGGAGGGAACCACUACGGCACCAGUGUACAAGCUGUGAAGGAUGUGGCAGAUAAAAGCAGGAUUUGCAUUCUUGACAUCGAGAUGGAGGGCGUGAAACAAGUCAAGCGCACCGACCUCAACGCACGAUUCCUAUUCCUCGCGCCGCCGUCCCUGGAGGAGCUGGAGAAGCGAUUGCGCGGCCGGGGCACGGAGUCCGAGGACAGCCUGAGGCAGCGACUGGCGCAGGCACGGAACGAGCUCGAGUAUGCGCAGCAGCCCGGGGCGCAUGACAAGAUUGUGGUGAAUGAUGAUUUGGAGACGGCGUACACGGAUCUGAGGGAUUGGGUGGUGGACGAGGGACGGUUUGGUGCGUCCGAGUAG